GUCUCCGACAAUGAGACGCCUAAACCAGAAGUAACAAUUAUGUCAACAGUUACAGAAAAUACAAAAGAUGAAAAAGAUGGACGUGCCCAGUUAAAUGGUGGUUGUAUGAAGGGCUUUAAGCUAACUAGGGCCGGAAGGUGUCAGAAACCGUAUGGCCCGAACGAUCGUGAUUCACCUCGUGAUCGUGAUGAACCAGAAAUGUUCAUAUGAAAAGUAAUAUCUAAGAAUAAAAUGGCUCUGAUACUUUGUUUUCGGUACGCAUUAUUAGUUGAUAAGAUGAAAUGAAUAUUUAUAAGAAUUAAUAUAGAACAAACGAUAUUUUAAUGAAUUUGCUUGUUAUUCUUAACGAAAAACGUAAAAAGACACUGAUGAUGAAAUGUAAAUUGAAUAAAAAUUAUCAGGAUAUUUUUAUUCUAAGAAGCAAUAUAUUUGCAUUAUCGCUUUCGUUCCAAGUAUAAGGUUAAAAGGUUACGUACAUAUCUUAGUCCAAGUAGAGCAAUAAGACACAGUCGAGAUUGCUAUACUGUACGAGCAAUAUUUAAAUUAAAAAUGAAAAUUUAUUUUUUAAUUCUUUGCGUUGGUGCUCUUCUGUGUUCUACUCAUGGAGGCCUCCUCAAGGAUGUUGUUGGAACCAUCCACGAGAAAGCACAUAACAUAAGAGAAGAUAUAAGAAGUGUCCUUCAUCACAAAGAUGAUCAUCAUUCGAAGAACACUAUUCCAGACACAGAUGUGAAACUUUCAACUACAGAAAAAAACAGUGAAGUUGUAAAAAGUCAUCAUUCUGAUAAAACCGAAUUCGUAACUACAGAAAAGUCAAGCGAGGCUAUCAAUAUUGAGUCACCCAGUACUGGCAUCGCAUUUCCAACAGAAAAAACUGAAGUCAAGCCUACAGAAAGUUAUACAGUACCCAGUACAACGGUUGCAAGUAAUACAACGAAGGAUGAUAAAGAUGGACGUGAGAACUUUGCAGGUGGUUGUGCAACUGGUUUUAAGAAAACUGCAGACGGUCGAUGCAAGCCUACUUUCUAAUAGGUAGCGAACUAGCGUAUAAGUACGAAGCAAACAAAAUGCAUGCUAUAUUAUCAACGUUUAAAUAUGUAUGAUUUAACUAUAUAUUUGGAAAAGUGGAAACUUAUGUAAACGCAAUUGUUUUAUGUCCUACAAAUUAAAUGUAUUAACCUAUAAA